CCUCAGGUUGGGGGGGCGGCCAGGGGCUAGCCUCCCCCAGCCGGUGGUUCACCCACUACCUAUGCUGCUGGUUAUAUCAAUGCACCAUUCGUUAGGGCUGAAUCCACAAAAGAUUUGCUUCCCUCACUUCCUUGGCAACGCUGUGGUUUCUGUCUGCCACAUGCAUGGUUACUGGUGAUUGUCCCCAAGGCACAUGAUGGUGACCCGUGCUGGUGUUAGCCCACUGGGGGCCCUAAACCAGAAUUUUUUGCCCCUUCUCCCAAUACUAAAACAGGCAAGAUCUUAUAAUAAAAAGCAAAUGGGGAGCCCCUUGAGCUGCCCAUGCCUAGCGUGGGCUCUGACGUGACAAGGCUUGAUCCCUGGGGUUGGCCUCGAUAUCCUGUUAUUCCAGGAAGGGCGUUUCUCUGGGGAGGGCCAGUGAGGAAAUAGCAAUAACUAACUCACGGCAUCUUCUUAGCACUAGACAUUUGGCCACCCACGGUUUAAAAUCCCAAGAUAUUUCAAUAAAGGCACCUUUAUUAUUCCUGACCCUUGUGUGUGCGUCUAUCAAGCGGUGGGAAGGUCCCACAACUGUGGCCUCUCAUAUUUAGUCUGUUUCUCACCUGCCAAUGAAGAGUUAACAAAGGGAAGGCAUUCGGAUGACUGUGCCUUUUAUCAUCAAUGUGGGGAAACUGGAAAGGUGAGGCGGGAAGGGAACGCCUUCGCCUCCCAGCAGUUUCAGGAGCUGUGUGAGAACAGGUGGUGGAAGGGAAGUCUGCAAACCCCUCACAGUGCUGGAGUGUUUUACUCUGAUGACAUGGUAUCAGAGACUGGCCCUAAAUCAGGACUCAAGUGACUAGUCCCACUGACGUCAAGGGUGAGAGUGCUCGGCACCUUGCAGGACUGGAGCUUCGGAGAGGCCUGAGUCAGCACCUUUGUAAGUUCUAAAAGAUCCCAAAAUUUAAAUUGGAAGGAUAAAAACACCUGCAACUCAGCUAGAUCCAUGGGGGCUACUCCACCACCUCCAGAAGAGCUGACCACCCCCUUCCUGAAGAGGACAAAUACGCCGUCUCUCCAAGAGGAAGCCAGUGUGGGUGUCAUCGCAGGUGUCAUCACAGUGGUUUUCAUCACACUCCUGACAGUCCUGGUAGUGAUCAUCAUAUACCUGUACAAGAAUAAAGGUAGCUACCAUACCUAUGAGCAACCAGAAGCAGAUGUGUCAGUACAGAUGGAGAACCUCCCUUCCAAAGGAGAAAAGGAGGAAUAUUUUAUAUAACCCAUUCAGUGGGGCUAACAGCUUCUACACCGGACUCACGUUUGACGCUAAGUUGCCCAUGGUUCCUGGACUCUGGGAUCUAGAGACUUUUUUCCCCUAAUUUAUUACACUUUUCCUUCUUGGAUUAAUUUAACAUGUGCACAAUGCUAACCUCAACCAUUGUUCCACUGCGUAGAAUGAUUGUUAAACUGAAGGCAAGGAUCUCCCACUUAGUAAGUGAUUUGGUCUAGCUGUGAUGAUAGUGCACUUCCUUGUACGGUUUGUAAUAUGGACUAAUAAACAUCUAGAGCAGGGGUUGGCAACCUUUCAGAAGUGGUGUGCCGAGUCUUCAUUUAUUCACUCUAAUUUAAGGUUUCAUGUGCCAGUAA